CGGAGCGCUAACGGAGCAACAGCAUUUUGCUGAACCAUAAACCAUGCUCCAAACGGUCUUCCGACGCGCCAUCGAGCCUGCUUGACUUGUGAGAGGUUAUUCGAAGAUACUGAAAUUAUAUCAUUGAAAUGCUACGUUCCGUAAAUUAUAAUUUUUACUUCCAACGAAGUCUAAAUUUCACACAUGCUGUAUCAAUGUGUUCAGUCAAUGUGAGACUCGUGAGUUAUCUACGGCGAUCAACUCAUCACCUUAACCUGAACCAGGGUGCCAGUCACAUUGACAGUGGAAAUAGUCUAACAUUUGUAAUUCACAUGUCGAAGACUAUGUCACCCGUUGCAGGUAAAGAUAGUUUAUUUAAUUUCGAUCGAAAUACGCCGUCUCAGUUCAAUACACAGAGUGCAACGGGUUUACGUUCUUCACACACCGGAAUCAACAUUUCAAGAAAUUGCAGCAAACCUUUGAUUAAUUCGAUGUUAUUGCUCGCCAAUCGCACUCGCUAUACGGUUCUCCAUCCUAAACAUUUUAGAGUCAGGCAAUUCUCAAGUGAAACGACACAGUAUGUACCGCAAGUCCGGUUAACUGGAGUUUGGAAAGAUAUAUCGGAGAGCACACCUGCUGAAUUUGUACAAUAUACUUUGGUCACAUUUCAGUCUACGACCGGUUUACCAUGGUGGGCAACCAUCGUUUUAACCACAGUUAUAGCAAGAAGUACUUUGACGCUACCAUUGAGUCUUUAUCAACAUUACAUUAUUGCCAAAGUUCAAAAUUUGAACAUCGAAAUGAGUGAUAUUGUUAAAAAACUGCAAGCCGAAGCAAAUGUAGCUGUAUCACAUUACAAAUGUCCUGAACCUCAUGCUAGGAUGCUGUAUAAUACAAAGAUAAAAUUAAUCGUAAUGAUGUCCAUAAAUUUUGCGGAAGCUGAAAAACUGCCGACGUAG